AACAAAAUUACUGACAGCACAAACAACAGGCGAAAACAGAGAGGGAGAGAUAGAGAGAGAAACUAGAGAGAGAAAGAAAAGGUUUGAAGUCAAACUCCAACAACAGCAACGAGGCUUUGGUGGUGCCGGAAUCGGAUGAUAUUCCCGAUCAUCGGCGAUCGGGGAUGCUUGGCGGCGGAAGUGGAGGUGGCGGCGGCGGCGGUGGCGGUGGCGGAGGAGAGUGGUGGACUGGGUUUUGGUGAGUUGGUGGCGAGAGGUUUCGGAGGAGGAGGAGGAUGAAGAAGGGGAAGGCAAGGAACAAUGGCUUGUUGCCGAAUUCGCUGAGGAUAAUCUCGUCUUGUCUCAAGACGGUGUCGACGAAUGCUUCCUCCGUCGCCUCCACCGUUCGGUCGGCGGGUGUGUCCGUCGCCGCUUCGAUUUCCGCCGCUUCUGAGGAUCACAAAGAUGAGGUUACCUGGGCUGGCUUUGACAGGCUAGAGCUCAGUCCAUCUGCCUUCAAACGUGUUCUCUUACUGGGUUAUCAGAAUGGUUUCCAAGUCCUUGAUGUUGAUGAUGCCUCUAAUGUCAGCGAACUGGUUUCCAAGCGUGAUGGUCCAGUUACAUUCCUACAGAUGCAGCCCAUCCCAUUAGAAUCUGAUGGUCAUGAAGGUUUCAGGACAUCACAUCCCUUACUGUUGGUUGUUGCAGGAGAUGAAAGCAACUGCUUAAACCCAGGUCAAAAUCACAGCCAUUUCGGUGGGUUAGGCAGAGAUGGUAGUAGUGAUUCCCAAUCAGGGAAUUGCAUAUCCUCCCCUACAGCCGUUCGGUUUUAUUCCCUUAGGUCUAACUGUUAUGUGCAUGUUCUGAGAUUUCGAUCAGCUGUCUGUAUGGUUAGAUGCAGUCCUCGAAUAGUAGCCGUGGGUCUUGCAACACAAAUAUACUGCUUUGAUGCUCUCACUCUUGGGAACAAAUUCAGUGUUCUCACUUAUCCUGUCCCUCAAUUGGGUGGUCAAGGAACACUUGGAGUUAAUGUCGGUUAUGGUCCAAUGUCUGUGGGUCCAAGGUGGUUAGCUUAUGCUUCCAAUAAUCCGCUGUUGUCUAACAGGGGCCGCUUAAACCCACAAAACCUUACUCCUUCUCCAGGUGUUAGUCCAUCAACAUCACCAGGCAGCAGUAGUUUGGUUGCUCGAUAUGCAAUGGAAUCUAGCAAACAGUUGGCUGCCGGGAUAAUCAACCUCGGGGACAUGGGUUACAAAACUUUGUCCAAGUAUUAUCAAGACCUGCUCCCUGAUGGUUCAAAUUCUCCUGGCUGGAAAGUUGGUGGACUUGCAGCAACGGAGACAGAUAAUGCAGGGAUGGUUGUUAUUAAGGAUUUUGUUUCCCGAGCUGUUAUAUCCCAAUUCAGAGCUCAUACCAGCCCUAUAUCUGCACUAUGUUUUGACCCAAGUGGGACUCUUCUGGUUACUGCCUCAGUCCAUGGGAAUAACAUAAAUAUCUUCCGGAUUAUGCCAUCUUGCACAUGCAGUGGAUCAGGCUGUCAAAGCUAUGACUGGAGCUCUUCUCAUGUGCAUCUUUACAAGCUGCAUCGUGGAAUGACAACCGCUAUUAUUCAGGAUAUUAGCUUUAGUCACUAUAGUCAGUGGAUCUCUAUUGUUUCAUCCAAAGGGACUUGCCAUGUUUUUGUUAUAUCCCCUUUCGGUGGUGAUGCUGGCUUUCAAACUUCCAAUUCUCAUGGUGAAGAGCCCUCCCUGUUUCCGGUUCUAUCUCUACCAUGGUGGUUUUCUUCAUCAUGCAUCAUAAACCAGCAAUCUUUUCCAGCCCCACCAGCACCCCACACCCUUUCUGUGGUUAGUCGGAUAAAAAAUUGUAACGCUGGGUGGCUGAAUACAGUCGGCAUUGCAGCUGCUUCUGCAACAGGAAAGGUUUUGGUGCCAUCUGGUGCUGUUGCUGCUGUAUUUCACAAUUCCUUAUCUCAAAGUCCCCAGCAUGUUCACACACGGGUAAACUCCUUGGAGCAUCUCUUGGUUUACACUCCAUCAGGUCAUGUAAUUCAACAUGAACUUUUUCCAUCAAUGGGAGCAGAACUUAGUGAUGGUGGUACAAGAACUCUGUCAGGUUCAUUCAGGCAAAUACAAGAUGAGGAGUUAAGAGUGAGAGUUGAACCUAUUCAAUGGUGGGACGUAUGCAGAAGGUCAGAGUGGCCAGAGAGGGAGGAAUGUGUUUCUGAAAGACAAAAAUAUGCUAAGAUUAUUGUGGAUAAAUCAGAUUGUGAGGAUUCCUAUAGAACAGAUUUACUGGAGAUCAAGUCUGAUUCAGUGAAGCCCCUCGAGAGAUCCCACUGGUAUCUAUCCAAUGCAGAGGUGCAAAUAAGCUCUGGGAGGAUACCGAUAUGGCAUAAAUCUAAGAUUUGUUUCUAUAUGAUGGAUCCUCCAAGAGUGAAAAAUCAUGUGGGUGGAGAAUUUGAAAUUGAAAAGUUGCCUGUUCAUGAAGUUGAAAUAAGACGAAAGGAUUUAUUGCCUGUAUUUGACCAUUUCCAUAGCAUCAAAUCAGGCUGGAAUGACAGAAGCCUUGCUGGGGUAAGUUAUCCCAAUGCUCCAUCUUUGGAAUCUCAUCAAGCCAAAGACAGGGUCACUGAAGAGACUGUUAUUUGUCACUCAAAGCCAGCAUCACUUAGCUCUACUGAAAGUUCAGACGGAGGAUCUUCAAGAAGAAUUGAGAAUUUGCUUGACUUGGAUCAAAUGAGCGGUGAGAAGUCUUAUAUACGCACUUGCCAGUUUCCAAAUGAGUUUUAUCAGGAAAGAAAAGAGAAUGCUGUCAAUGAGCCUUCAUUGAUUCAGAAAUCCUCAACAACUGUAUCUUCAUCUUCUGAACAUUCGAAGAAAAUUGAUUCUAGUGUUGACAACUGUAUGACCAAUGUUAUACCAUCAGAGAGUAACUUGCCUUCUGUUGGAAGAGCUGCUGACAAAGGAGCAUGUUCUUUAAACACCAGAGAAACUAGUGAUGUCACAAUGCGAAGUGGUAUGGAUAUUCCUAAAGACGGGUCUACACCUUCAAAUGUGCUCAAUCCAAUAGAUUUUGCACAGUUCCUUAAAGAGGGUUACCACAAAACAUUGGAGCUUGGCGGAUGCCGUGAGUUAGCUGAAGUUGUAACUGAUGAUGUAAACAGUAGCGGCAGCCACUGCGAGAGGGAAAACCCUGAGGAGGAUGAUGAAGAGAACAAUGAAAUGCUUGGUGGCAUAUUUGCCUUUUCUGAAGAAGGUUGAUUUAUAGCUUUUAUAGCUUCCCUAUGGUCCGGGUCAUGGAAGAAGUGCAAUGGUUCAGUAGGUGUGCAUAAAUGGGGGUGAUCAGAGCAGAGAAUGUGAUCAUCCCCCUUUCUCUCUUGUACAUUUUGUAGAUGGAAAUUCAUAAAUUCAUGGGCAUGGGGUUGGGUUUGAAUUCUUGAUAGAAGUAGAUUUGGGUUUUCAUUCCCAAUAUUGAACUUUCUAUCAAGCUGUACAUAUGAUUUCAGUGUGAACAAGUUCUUUUCAAGUUGUACAACUAUUUUUUCUUUCAAAAA